UGGAGAAGGGUCACAGCCCUCACUGAGUGAGACCCCCCUGCUCCCUGCCCCUGUCCUCUCUGAGCUCCAGCAUGGUGUGUCUGCGGCUCCCCGGAGGCUCCUGGAUGGCCGCUCUGAAGGUGAUGCUGAUGGCACUGAGCCCUCCCCUGGCUCAGGCCAGGGACACUCCACCGCAUUUCCUGGAGCAGCUUAAGGCCGAGUGUCAGUUCUCCAACUGGACGGAGCGGGUGCGGUACCUGCAGAGAUACAUCUACAAUGGGCAGGAGUACCUGCGCUUCGACAGCGACGUGGGGGAGUACCGCGCGGUGACCGAGCUGGGGCGGCCCAUCGCAGAGCACUUGAACAGCAGGAAGGACUUCAUGGAGCAGAUGCGGGCCGGGGUGGACAGAUGCAGAGCGGCCUACAGGGUGUCUGAGGGAUUCCUGGUGCCUCGGCAAACUAAGCCCACAGUGACCGUGUAUCCUGCAAAGACCCAGCACCUGCAGCACCACAGCCUCCUGGUCUGCUCCAUGAACGGCUUCUAUCCGGGCCCCAUUGAGGUCCGCUGGCUGCGCAACGGCCAGGAAGAGGAGGCCGGGGUGAUGUCCACGGGCCUGAUCCGGAACGGGGACUGGACCUUCCAGACCCUGGUGAUGCUGGAGACAGUUCCCCGGAGCGGGGAGGUCUACACCUGCCAAGUGCGGCACCCCAGCAGCACCAGCCCUGUCACCGUGGAAUGGAGAGCCCAGUCUGGAUCCACACAGAGCAAGGUGCUGAGUGGAGCUGGGGGCUUCCUGCUGGGGCUGCUCUUCCUCGGGACGGGGCUGCUCAUCUACUUCAGGGCUCAGAAAGGACACUCUGGACUUCAGCCCACAGGACUCCUGAGCUGAGGUGGCCAUGGAGACAUGGAGAGGAGAGACUUUCUGUCAGGCCCCCUUUGCAGCCUGAAGAGGUUUCCUGCUGGGCUCUCACUCCACAAGGAGAGCCGCCUGGGGCUCUGGCUGGGUCCUGGCUCCUGACCCCCCAGCACCUCCUCCCUGCUGGUUCCUGCCCGCCCUGGACCUGGAGGCCCCAGUGUUGACUGCAGAACCUUAGCUCCAUCCCUCCCUGUCCCUGUGUGUUUAACCCUCGCUGUCUGC